AUGCCUGCCCCGAAGCGCCAGGAAAAAAAAAGUUCAAAGAGCAAGGGACCAGCCGGCGAGGACUCUUGGCGAUCGGAAAUCGAAAGUCUAACCCUGAGCGACGAUCGAUGGACCUGCGUUAUCGCGAUGAUCGUUGAAACCAGGGUGGAUCACGGCAGGUAUGUGGAUCUGUUCAACGACGCGACGACGGACGAAACUAGAGCGGCGAUCUUCUCGCUCUCGUACGACAAGCUGAUCCGAGGGGUGAAGCUGCUCGCCAAGUCCGACCUGCGCCAAAGCCCGACCGGCCAAGGCAUCUGCCGCUUCGCCAGUAAGGAAAUUGAAGCAACUGGAGAAGCGGCGCUGAGCCCGUGGCUCCUGAGCAGGCUGAUCAAGUUCUUCGUCCACCGGGCGAAGUUGAGGCACCAGGCGAUGCUCGAGGGCCGUAAAAGGGCCGAGGCAGAAAUUGCGCGGGAAAUGGAGGCCCUGAAAUCUACGACCAGCGCCAGCCGGCCGAACACCGUCGGCAAGGCAAAGGGCGGCUCCGGAGAUGCGAAACCGUUUGUUAAGACGAACACUAGGCUGAGGAAGCGCGGCGAGGAGGUGAGAGAAAAGUUAUACAUCGACGACGCUCCCGUCGAUGGACCGGAUCUGUACGUCGUCCUCUCCGGCUUCCACGAGCCAGCCUUGCUGACGGAGCUUCUCGACGCCGGCCUCCCUCUGGUGGCCGUCUUCAAGGUCUGCCGCUCCGGGGAAGAGCUCGAAGUCGUUCAACCGAAUCCGGACGAGGCCAACUCCUACCUCACCCGAGUCGAAGAGACCAAAGCUCGGCUCCAGAGGUUCUGGACGACGCUGGAAGCGCCACUGAAAGCUGGUGCUUACUACGGUCAGGUCAUCUGGCAGACCUUCUGCCCUCCGGAACUUCCGGAAUACAUACCCGAGGAGGAAAUAAAUUCCUUUAAGACGGAUGCCUACCGGAGGAUCUCUUUCCUGAUGUACGACCUGUGCGAUAUUCUACGGUACCAUGCUAGCUACAUCAGGAGCAUGCGACUUCAGACCGGCCUUGAAGAAACGAGGUCAGUUGUUCAGGAUAGAGGUAACUACGAUGCGGUCCUUGGCCUCUUUUCCGAGGAGGACGUUUCGGUUCCAAUGGUGCUGGACGCUCUACUGAACCAGGUAGCUAAAUCCGCGUCGGCCCAGGGGACAGAGAACGACUGGUUGAAAACGCGCGAGAAGAUUGUUCAAGAGGAUACUGGUCAAAGAGAAUCGAAAAUCGAUUACCUUAAUCAAGAAUUCGAUGUUAUUCGAAAUGAAACGAAUCCUCCGAGGAGUCCGAAUCCGCGUUUAAUUAUUCAUGGCGACGCUUUGGCGAGUAAGACUCAUCGGUGUUCAGUAAGACUGGAUGAUGUCCCCGGAACAAACGGGAUGGACCUCGGAAAAGGCGUCCUGAUACAGUUUGCGAUCGCGUCACUCUGGCGCGGUUUUCCACCCUUGACGAGUGACCAGGUUGAUAUGUACGCGUACCACAUUAAACAGAUAUCCGGUUGCUUCGCGGAGAGUGUAAACAGCGACACAAUGAAACACUAUCUGCAUCUCCUUCGCUUUGAGAAACUUAUAAACGGAGGUAGACCGCGGAUCAAUUUUCACAAGAGAGCGGAUCUUGAGACAAGAGUAUCGUUCCCAACCCUCAAGGGGCUGUGCCCAAGGCUCAAAGACAAACGUACGAAGUCGGAAACAGCCGCCUCUCGACAGAACAGCAUUGGCAAUUUCGGCUCUUCCUUCUCAAGCGACAGUAAGAUCGAGUACAAUAAAUCUAUCGAAGAAACCUUCGAGUGCCCGGAAUUCUUCGACCUAAUAGACACGCGGGAAAUACUCACGUCCGGUCAUUUCUCCAGCCUGGAAUCGUGUCCCGAACAAAACCCCGGAGGCCUGAACUUUGCCGAGUUCGACAGUGUCCAACCUUUGUCUCCCGAAGUAUUUUCACAGCUGUUUUUCGAAUGUUGCGAAGAAUACGACGUUCUUGAAACUCGGUACUUUGCGCCCACUGACUCAAUGCUGAUAUUUUUUCACAGCACCCGAUCCUGCAGCGGGGUCACGCAGCAGCAAUAUACCGCUAGCAUUCGUACACCAGUGUGCCUGAGAGAUUUCAGUAGGUUCAUUAUCGACGAGGAGAAGGAUUGGAUAGAAAAAGAGGACGCGGCGCAUGCCGAACGGCUGACUGCGGAAGAGGCACAGCGGGAGACGCGGAUUUCGAAAAGCGACAAGUUGCCAAUGAGCAGUUGUUACACCGACGGGGACUUCAUCCUGGAGGAUUCGAUCAAAGGAGCGGAAACGCGGAAACAAAAGUCGCGGCUGACCCUGAUGGACGUAAUGGAACCUGUCGAGCUCCCGGUCGAGGAUGAGAGGACAACUAGACCCAGAAAAGAGACCAAAGGAACAGUUGCACGGGGGGAUAAGAAGCUCAAGGGAAGAGGCGGGCCGAUUAAUCCAAAGAACAAAGCGGACGAGGGUGUCGGUACGAAUGCCUUGUUCCUACCACUCAAGAGAGUGACCUCACUGCGUUGCGCAAGAGACUGUGAACCCUGGACCUUCCUUGGGUAUGAUGUGGGAAACUACAGGGUCCAAGUCUCCGGUUCCGAAUCCAAGUUCCUGUCGAAUGACGGCACGAUGGUCAAAGUGUGCCUCGAGGAGUGGGCCUACGCCGAUUCCACGAUGCAGAUAACCAUCGAACUCCACGGCAAUAAUCUCGUGUUGUACAAUUUUUCCGGCGAUCAGGUUUCUCCGAUCUUUCACUUCACCACGGCAAACGGAAUCGUCAUGAGUUUUGCGUUGGAAGAAAAGAGCGACCCGAUAUUCCGAGCCUCCUGGCCGUCUGGAUUGAUCGUUGAAGUGCUUCCAGGGGACGGUCCGUUGGGCCCAUUUUAUGUCAAGCAAUCAUACGUUUCCAAAGGUCCCGGGUGUUCCGGGAUCUUGGACGAAAAUUAUAGGGUCUUCCUCCGUGACGGGGGGAUCAUCGUGUUCCACAAUGAUGACAGUGUGCGUCUGCUGCGCUCUAGCGGCACAGUGACAAGUUGCAGUGGGUUUUCAACGCAAAGAAAAGACAGCGGUGAUUCCGUUUCAGAAGACGACGCAUUCGAUCGUACAAAGAAUUCUGAGAAUGUCAAAAUACGACGCAUCGUCGUCCUCGAGCCUGACGGAAGACGUUACGAGAUUUACGAUGGAGAAAUGAUUCGUGAAUUAGAAGGAGAACUCGUUAGGACGGCUUCGGACUACGAGGUGAAUGAAAAGUUCACUCGGCGAAGCGAUGGCACAAAUACCUUGAUCAACUCCGAGGGUGUUCUGGCAGUCUGUUUCCCAGACGGUUCGAGGAUUACAACGGGUCCAAUUAUCGCGGAAGAACCGGUGUACUGUGUAUGGACGGACGAGGAUUUGGAUAGAUUCAAUCCUAUCAAUGACGACGAAACUUCAACAGAGUUUGAAAGCUUGGGUGAAAGUUUGUCGAGGGAAAAUAUUCCGACGUCGGACGAAUUCGUGUCAAUUUUUUUGAGCAGCUGUAUGGAGCACGAAAACUACGCCACAGUCACGUACGAUCAGUCGAAGCUCGAGUGCACUCUCUCAAUGCCGGGUAGCGUUCAGGUUCGCGUUUCAACCGACGCUGGAAUCAGCAUCACCGUCGGUGGUUCGGUUUCUCUGCAGGUUAAAAGAAACGAGAUUGUUUUCACUGGAAGGUCGGAAGUACCACCCGGAGGUUCUUCGUCAUCUGUUUACAAUCUUGAGUAUUUUUCUGCCUCACGUAUACCGGGCGAGCACCUCCUUCGCACGACGGAUUCGUACGGAAACGUUUUCAGUGUGGAUGCGCAAGGCAGAACGUCGUACACAAAAUACGGGGAACAAUCUAAUCGUGUGAAAACCCCUGAGCAGGGACAGGAGCGCGAGGAGGAAGGAGAAGAAAAAGACGACGAAGAAGAAGAAGAAGAGGAAUGUUCAUCCUCUUCCAGGAUCCCUACUCCCACGUGUAAUCCAUCCAAGCUCAGCUCCAAAUCCUGCCGACUGUUUGUAGUGGGACGUGACCUUAGAGGACACGAGUACCUUCGUCGCUCGGAUAGACUGGCUCAAGAGAACGAAGCUGACCUUGCAGAGACCACCAGUGUAUUUUACCUCCAGGUCCCUGAUCGGCUGGGGCAGAGGCUGUGCACCACUUUGACCGCCGUCGAUCCAAUCAAAACCUCCCAGGCAUGGCUUCAGUCGUACCAAGUACCCAGUAUUCGACCGAUGAACGCCGACAGGAGAGACUUGCUGCGAAGCACGUACUCUCUUCCCUGGAACUACCUGUUUCCAUAUGGAAGGAACGGCCGAGGGAUCCGGGAGCACACCUGGAAUCGACCCCUGAAAAACUCCCCCGCCCCGUCCCAGCCAGAGGUGCUCCUUGGGCGAACAACGCAGACCAUAAAAAACGGCGAAGAAAAUGUAUUAGGAAAAUUGCGAGCGGCCCUGGGAUGCUACUGGAGUAAGGCGAUUAAUCAGUUCGGCGAAUACCGAGUUGCAGGACUUGCAUCCCGCGUAUCCGUCGCCACCCUCGAGGAACGUGAGAUCGAAAAUUGGCUGAGCAAUUUCGCGCUCGGCGGCAGGAAGACGUUUGACAGGGAGUUGUACUUGAUCGGCUUAGUUAAAAACCGCCAAAGUGCCGGAGUGGUGAUCCAGCGACGGGUUCCCGAUCGGAGAAAAAAUUUCACCGAGGAGGAAAUCGAGUGGUACAAAAGCUGCCUAACAGAUCAGACUGUUCCACCCUACUUCUCCAAUGUUCCCGGUGCCUGUUACCAAUGGAUUAUGAAAUGUGUUGACGAAAUCUGUGGAGGAGAAAUAAAGGAUGGAACAGAAGCAGGACGAGAAGAAGGAGGGAGAAUGGGAGCAGGGAAAGAAGAGGAAGAAGCAGAGGUGAAAUAG